AUGAAUGAAAACCUAUUCAGAGAACGUCAAUAUGAGCAACGAGUUGAAGACAUCCGUCUACUUCGUCUGGAGAUCAUACGACUGCGCAAGGAGAAGAACUUGCUGUCAAAGGGCAUAGAGAAUAUGACAGAUUUAAGACUAGAGGUGUUUAACCUAGAACGCGAGCUGGGACGAUCUAGACUGCGCGUCCGAGCCCUGGAAGAAGCUUUGGAGACGCCGCUUAACGUACACCGCUGGAGGAAGCUGCAAGGUACCGAUCCCGAGACCGUGAGACUCACGCACAAGCUCACGCUCACGCAAAAAAAAGUACUAGCCCAGAGCGAAAUGCUGGUGCUUAAGGACCGCGAGCUCACAGAGACGAAAAAUCUUUACGGUGCGGUUAAAGACAUGCUCGCGUUACAGCCAAGUCCUGAGAUACAGCAAACUUUAAUUCGAACACAGCGCGCACUGGCGCAAAGAACCACCAAAAUGAAAUGCUUGGUUGCUGAGCUAGGAAUGCGCGAACGUCAGGUAUCUGACCUUCGACGAGAGUUGGAUCGAGCGAAUGGAGAUUUGAACUCAUUUAAACAGCGCUACUACGAGAUGAAGCGGGCUCUGGACGCUGAUGAGGCGCGCAGACUCCGCGUCGCAACACCGCUCCCACCAACCACCCCCCACGCUCAAGAAACACCCAGCUAA